CAGUUAUGUUUUCAUUUGAAUAGUUUUCAGUUCUUGAAAUGUUAAAUCAGACAACAUUCGAUUUUGUUAUUCCAUAUUUCGGCGUAAUUUAUUUGAGUUAUGAAACGCAAACGAAAUUCAAGCCGUAAGAAAAAAACUGAGAAUCACGAAAUGGACACAAACAAUCACAUGAACCACCACAUGAACGCCAUGAAUAUGCAAAUGCGUUCGAUGAACCGCUUGAUGAACUCUUUUAUGCCCGAUCCUUUCAAUAUGCUGGGACCAUCGCCAUUUGAUCCUGGCUUUCAGCAGGGCGCAUUGAUGGAGCGCGGCCAACAGUCUAUGGCUCCCAUGGGCGGCGGUCUAUUUGGAUUUCCAGCCAUGCCCGGUUUUAAUCGUUUGAUUAAUGCCGACAUUGGCGCCAAUAAUGGCGCAUCGUUUUGCCAAAGCACCGUGAUGACCAUGUCCUCGGGUCCAGAUGGACGCCCGCAGAUUUAUCAGGCUAGCACUAGCACCAAAACUGGACCUGGAGGUGUGCGUGAGACACGCAAGACCGUACAAGAUUCGCGCUCGGGUCUUAAAAAAAUGGCCAUCGGUCAUCAUAUUGGCGAGCGCGCACACAUUAUCGAAAAGGAACAGGAUCUACGCUCUGGCCAGCUGGAAGAGCGUCAGGAGUUUAUUAAUUUGGACGAAGAGGAGGCCGAGCAGUUUGAUCGCGAGUUUACCACUCGCGCCACACGCGGCAUCAUGCCACACGGAAGUGGCCAUGGCGGCAUGCAGGCCAUACGCGGCGCUCGUCCAACUGCUGGCGGCUCAACAGUCACCAUUGAGCCGCUCGACGACGACGAUGACGAUUGUGUGAUUCAAGAGCCGCCUCGCACAGGCCGUCAAUUGCCCGCUUUGCCAGCGCCUCCAACAGCACCGCAUAGCAGCAGCGACACUGCAGCAGCAGCAGCAGCAGCAACAACAACAACUUCGCCACGUCGUGCCAAUACAACAACAGCAGCGUCUUCGCCCCCAACCUUCGACGUAACAAACAACAACAACAACAGCCACUAUUUGAGCACCGGAAAUAUGCCAGCAUCGCGUCGCGCCUAUAUGCGCAACGGUCAGCAUUUGGCCACGCCCCGUCGCCCGCUACGUACGCCUUCCUCGUCACCGUUGGCCACCGUAUCCAGCGCUAGUCACAGCAUUGCCGGCACGCCAAGAGAUUGGCGUUUAUAUAAUUCACGUUUCUAUCGCAAGUAGAAAUAUAUAUGCAUAAUGUAUCAUAAACUAUAAUCAAUACACACAUAAAUUUAUAAUAUACACACCACAAUGUAAUUGAGCAAAGAUCAGCGAUAUUAUUGACGCGCUACGUCCAACUACGUAAUCACAACUACCUACUAACCAGUCACGGCGUUUGGCGACGACGCUCCAACUCUUUCUCGCUGCGCUCCGCCAUGAAAAAUCAUCGCUGCGACGCUACGCAUCAUCUACGUUACACAUCUGCAACGCCACACACGUCGUUACGUGUCACAUGUUACGUGUAAGGCCGCCUGCAAAACCCCAAAACAAAUAACAGCUAUGUACAUAAUUCUACUACUACACACAUUCUCUAUAUAGUUAUUGUAAAACAAAUAAGGCGACGUACACGUAAUCAGCAUGUUGUCACAAUUGUCUUAUUUGCGUAUUACGUAAGCCCUUCACAUAAAAUACCAAAAAUAGUAAGAGCCGCGUGUUGGACACUUAUUGUUUGGUUGCCUUAGACAAAUUCCAUUACGUUUUCGUUUACCUCUUACGCAUUAAAUCAUCGUUAUGCUACGCUACGCCACGCCACGCCACAUAACGCUUAAUUGGUCAACGUUACUCACAUGUAUAUUCUCUACGUACUACGUGACACAACUACUACGCUUAUCAAAAUUCUAACGCUGUUGUUGCUGCGGUGCUGCUGCUGCUACGUUUUGUUGUCUUUCGUGGGGGAGACUGCUGCAAUAACAAACAUUAACUGCGUACCUUUCAUAUUACGUAACGGUGCGACCGAAACCGACCGCCCGCCCGCCCACUCAUCCAGCUUAUGCCACUCUUUGUCAUCUGAAUAACACACUAUCGCCUCGCCUCGCUCUCACAAUUUUAACAUUUACGUUCAAAUUGGCCUGUGUACGGAAUGAUUAUAAUUACUCUAUAAAACUCUUACGUUUUCAUAUUUUAUUUACAUAUUUACGUAUUCUUUACGCUGCCAGUUACGUUAUGUUAUUAAUGUGUUCUUCUCUUUAAACAGCAUACAUCCACAUCCCUAUGCUGCAAAUCCCGCUGCCGCUCGUCGCCAGCAACGCCUAAAGCAUCAUCACCAA